CAGUCCCUCGUUCACUGCAAACGCCUUGCGUUCUUGACCAACCAGAAUCGAGAAAAACAAAAAGAGGGGGAGGUGCACUUGGCAAGACUGCAGCCAAAGGUCAAGAUGGACUUGGCGGUACCAGACGAACCCCAAAAGAAAGUUUUCCGCGCAAGAAAAACCAUGAAAAUGAGUGAUCGGCAGCAACUGGAAUUCCUCCAUAACUCCCAGUCCUCUUUCACACUCCGCUCUUCCUCUAGCUCCGCUUCCUCUUCCCCUGCCCCGCCCCCAUUAGUGAACGGAAAACACCCAGAGGAGGGGCGAGCAAAGACUGAGAAAGUGCGAGAGGCUCACGCCAACCGCAACGCAAAAGGGAAACAAUCUACCUCUCCUGUAACUCGUUCCCGCUCUCCCCAAACAUUGUCCCUCUCUUUGUCUCCCACCCCACCUCCCCAGACUCCAAGGCUGAGGUCGCGCAGUCUUCCCCCCUCAUCCCGAUCACUUCCUGCAAAGAGUGCAGGGAAAGAAAGUGAGGAGCAGGAAAGAAAGGGGGGAGAGGGAAACGUGUCCUCAUUGAUGAAGGGAGGCAAGACAAAGGAUGAAGUGAAGACAAAGGGAAGAGAGGCAAAGGGGAAUGAAGGAACUGCUGAAGAUAGAGAGCAUGACCUCCCUGAACCACAUGGCAAUCUCUCAUCAUCCCAGGAUUCUCCUCAGGACCGCACUGCCUCUCCGGUGUCGUCUCAGACAGCGGAGGGGAGGGACGAGGAGAAAAAGAUUGAGGCUGACAAAAACUUGAAAUCCGAGGAGACUGUGGCUAUGGAUACAGGCCCUGCUCCCAUGGAGACUGAGGCACUUGAAGACAGCAAGCCCACCUCAGAGGACACCUCCAUCCCUGUUGUUAACACUACUACGUCCUGCUGUCCUAGCUCCCCAUCCAAGCCAUCUAAGCCUGACCAAGAAGUGAAAGAGGGAUUUCUGGUCCUUAGUGAAGAAGAUGACAACCAAGGAGGGACGGAGAAGGCCAAAGACAAGGAAGAGGUGGAAGAAAAUCAGGACGGAGAGAAGAUGGAGGUGGACACAGAGCAAGGAGACAAGACAGAUGUCUCUCCCCUCUCUAACACCACCUCUCCUACAUCUCCAACUUCUGCUGGUACAGCAGGACUGGAGAAGUGCGCCAUCUUCCCCUCAGCAAAGAAGCGUGCCCUGUGCAAGGAUGUGGAAACAGAUGGACAGAGAGAGGGAGAGGAGGAAGGAGGCACAGCAAGAGAGGGGAAGAGGCAGAAGGUAGAGGGGGAAGAGUUGGAGGCGCAGCUGGAGUUGAAAAUCAGAGCAGACGCAAGCACUCGACUAAAACUGGAAAAGGUGGUUCAGCAGUUGGUUGAGGAGCAGCUCCGGGUCUUGCAGCUGAGUGUUUUUGACAGGACUUUGCAAGAGCUGAAAGAGAGGGUGGAGAAGAUAGACUGUGCCACAAAACACCAGCAAACUCUGAACACAUUACAGGCCAAGAUAACUCGACUGGCCAAGAAAUUUGGUGCUGCCAACCAGGCCAAGGAGAAUAUCAGGAAACCACAGGAGAUGAUGUCUCCUCCAUCUGCUGCUAACGCUACAUCCCCUAUGAGUACCACUCCCACUUUCAGGCUAGGCCCCUCUUCCUCCAGGCAGACAAAUCAUAACCCAGCUCCCCAUCCUGUUAGUUCCACAGCCUCUCCGUGUCAGUCCAAGACCCUGCCGACCCCUGCUCCUCUGACCCCCACAGCGCCGGCCCCUCUCCUGUCAAUCAUCCCCACGUCGACCGCUUCCAGCUCCACGGCCUCUGUCUCAAACCUUGCUCCCACCCCUUCCCAAAACCAGACGGGAACCCUGCUGCUCAAAACUACCCCAGCCGGCAACGUCGUUACUCAGAGUACCCCUACACCUGUCUCACAACCAGUUCCCCUCCAGCCCCUGCUCAUACAACUGCCUCUCACGGUCGCUAACUCGCAGGGAGGAGCACUAAUGACCAAUCACAGCCCUGGGGUUGAGCUGAUCCCUGUGUCCUCCUUGAGUACGGUGAAUACUCUCAGCAAAGCCAAAACGACCACCCCUGCUACCACUUUAAUUCUCCAAAAACCUGCCCCUUCUUCUUCCGCCCCGGCCCUGCCCCCCUCUCCCUCGCUCCCCCAGGUAACGUUAGCCAGGGCUGUGUAUUCAGGGGGCGGUGGUGCGGUCAGCGUGCCCAGUUCCGGGGUGUCUGUCUCCACUGCUCGCACCCCCACGCAAUGCGUCUCUGUGGUGGGCGUCACCUCAUCCGCAUCACUACCUGCGUCCUCGGUGCCCGCGGCAACAGGGGGUCAGUCCACGGGGUCAGCUGGCUCUGGUCCACCGACACUGACUAUGAUGGCCUCAAAAACAGAUAAUCAGCCUACAAACUCUGCCACAAACACCACUCCUGCACAGGUGUCCUGCACCAGCAGUUCGGGGGCUGUCAUAGACUUGACUGAGGAUGAUGAUGAUGUACAAGUCACAGGAGUGAGGAAGGCUCCAGUCCACACUGCUGCCCCAUCUGCCUUCUCCUCAUCCCCUUCUGCAGCUUCAUCCUCAGCCACCCAGCGCGGUGCCGGACCUCCUCCCCCACUGAUAAGCUCUACCACCACGCAUGGCCCGGCAACUGGUGCUACCAUGAGGUUAUCUCCUCAGAGUGGUCCACAUUCGGUGAAUGGACCACAGCUCACAGUUCACUAUCGCCCCCCGCAGGAUUCCCCGUCAAAACCCCGUGCUGCUAACAUCAACACUGGAACACCAACGUCCAUUCCCCACCCCCUGGUCCAUCAGCCCCCACCCUUGCCAUCCCCGCCCCCACCGCCGGCCCGCCUGCCCCCCGAGGCGGCGCACACCUCGCCCCCCCAGCAGCCGCAGCUGAAGCUGGCGCGGGUGCAGAGCCAGAACGGCAUCGUGCUCUCCUGGUCGGUGGAGGAGGCGGACCGCACCUGCGCCGCCGUGGACAGCUACCACCUGUACGCCUACCACCAGGACCACUCGGGCCCGGCCGGCUCCGCGUCCACACAGUCGCAGUGGAAGAAGAUCGGGGAGGUGAAGGCGCUGCCCCUGCCCAUGGCCUGCACCCUCACCCAGUUCGUCUCAGGGUCCACGUACUACUUCGCCGUCUGCGCCCGCGAUGUCUACAGCCGCUUCGGCCCCUUCUGCGAGCCCCAGUGCACCGAUGUCAUCAGUAACUUGUCCAGCUGAGAGGCGUGGUCAGGGGAAGGGUGGAGAGCAGGGCGGGCCAGCCGACUGUUAAAAGGCAUCUAGGGUAGAUGGCAUGACUACGACAGCAUGAAAUUCAGGGAAAGUGUUCGUUUGGGAAAGCCAAGCAUUUACAAAGCUUUGCGGGCUUGGUGUGACCAUCCAUCUCUCCCUCAGUUUUGCUUUCAAAUAGGUCAAAUGUUUUUUUUUUCCCCUGAAAACUUGAUUAAAGCCGCAAGGUAAGAUACUUACCCUAGAUGCCCUUUAAGGAAGGAGUGAACAUUGCCAACAUGAGUUCUGAAGUGUCCCGCAAUAGCCUCAGAAUAGAGUAACACUACAUGAAAUGCACACCCCCUCUGUCUCUUUCCAUUUCCUUUGAUUCAAGACUACUGCGAAUGGAGGAGAUGAGUAGGACUGAUCUCUGUUCUGCAACAGAGUGAAGUGUUGUUGAAAAAUUAAGUAUUUACCUUGCAGGUCAAUUAUUUCUAUAACUA